AUGGUGACCUCGGACAAAAUCAUCCUCGGCCACCUCGCCUAUGUCCGCUAUGAACAUGAGGACCUCGCCAAAUCCAAGCAAUUCGCCGAAGACUUUAGCCUGACCGAAGUCCAAACCGACGAAGCGACAGGUAGCGAUAUGGUCAACUGUGACACCGACACAGUGCAUGCAAAGGCUGGAAAUGCUGCUGCUUGGGGACCAGGGGCCCCUGGCUUCAAGGCCAAGCAGAAACCUGUCCAAGCGUAG